ACAAACGAACAAACAAAACAAAGGCAGUAAAGUCACUUCCGCGAAGUUAUCACACACACGCAUUCUCUCUUCUCUUUCUGCUAUACUUUUCUCUCGCCGUCGAUUCACCGGAACCCUAAUUAGAUCCGCCGGGCUCUCAAGACUCCCUAGAUGAACGUACGAUUGAGGAGCAGUUGAGAGAUCAAACGGGCCGGAUUUCGUCACCGGAUGGAGGGAGAGCAAAGAUGUUACCUGGUUUGCUUUCAAAUGCUUUCUAUGGGUCUGUUUUCUCAUAUUUGAUGAACGAGUUGCACAACUGAAGGAUACACCCAUGGAUUAUGAUGAUAAUGAUUUUCAAAGCCAGAAUCUGCAUUUAGCUGGUGAAGGAAGCACCAAAUUUCCACCGGUUUUACAGCCAUAUGCUCUACCCAAGUUUGAUUUUGAUGACAGCCUUCAGGGGCAUUUAAGGUUUGAUAGUCUGGUUGAAACAGAGGUUUUUCUUUGUAUCGAAAGUAACGAAAAUAACCACUGGAUUGAAGAUUUCUCUCGGGGGAGUAGUGGGAUAGAGUUCAAUUCAACUGCAACAGAAUCUUGCUCUAUAGCAAGGCACAACAAUGUUUGGUCUGAGGCCACUUCCUCAGAAUCUGUUGAAAUGCUAUUAAAAUCAGUUGGCCAGGAAGAAAUUAUUCCCAGACAACCUAUUGUUAAGGAGUCAGAUGCAUGUGAUGAACUCGGUCUCUUAGCAAAGCAGAUGGAGCCUAGUCCAGUUCAUGAUGAUAAAACUGUCCCCCAAAAAGGGGAUAUUACAGAUUUACAGUCUACGUUACUGCAGGAUGAGAUUCAUGAAAACUUUUCUGGGUUAAAAGGGGAUGUUCUAGUGGAGCAGCCUCAUGUUGAAGAUACUUUACUAUCUCGUGAAGAUGAGUUUUCAGUGGGUGGAACAUCAGGUGAGCGGAAUCAAAAUGAUGUAAGUGUAAAGAGUGGUGUGCCUGUGAUUGAGGGAAGUCUAUUGGCUGUUGGUAAAUCUGAUGUUAGAAAUAGAAGGGAUGUUGAUGCUUUGGCUGAUGAACAUCUGGUUGACAAAACACAUAAAGAUUCUUCCGCUUUAGUGAUGCAAGUUGGUAGUGUGGUUACGUAUGCACAGAAUAUCAUUACAAGUGGUGAUGAGGUGAGAAAUGAAGAUCUUCAACAUCAAAUACAUGAGCUUAGCGAUAUGGAUUCAAAUGGACUGCAAGCAGGAAAUGGCGGGAGAGAGGAGGAAUUUCAUGUUUUAAGCAAAGAGGCUGAAAUGGCUGAUCGAAAUUUGGAUGAAGAUGCAGUUGAAAGUGGUACUUCCCAUGUAGAAAGUCAUCUUGGCUCAACAUCAAAGGUAGAAUCUGUGCAAGAAGGAAAUGGAAUUGGAAAUUGCAUCAGUAAUGUGGACGAGCCUUUUAGUAUGGUAGACAAGAGUGAUUCCAACUUGCACAUGGUGGAACAAUGCUCAGAGGAUGUAAUGUCCAGAAUUCCGAAUGAGGCCAGUAAAUGUGAUAUGGUUCUGUUUAAAGACACCAAUGUUUGUGAUCCCUCUAAAGUAAAUACACAUGAUGUCUUGCCGGUGGCCCUCAAAGAUGAUACUAGUAACGAGGCAUAUGUGGUACAAGUUGGCAAUCCUAAAGUGUUACUAACAUAUGGACAAGAAAAGGCUACUGAAAAGGAUGUUGUUUUGUUAGAAGGUAGCCAACAUUUAGAUGGUGAGGUCUUGGUGAGUAAAAGUGAUGGUACUUCUUCAUCCAUGGAGGACGAUAAAGUUUCUGAAGUUGAAGGUAAUGAAAACAGUAAUAGUCAUGGGGUGGAAAUUCUAGUCUGA